AAGGAAAAAAAAAAAAAAAUGUAUUACGGCGAUGGAGAGAAUUGUAAGAGUUAUUCGGAAAUGGAGGUGUCGUCGGGCGGCGGCGGUGAGUACAAGACGACGGAGUCGUUUAGGAAGUGGCAGCAUACGGAGGAGAGCUACCAGCUGCAGCUGGCUCUGGCGGUUCGGCUCUCGGCACAGGCUGGUUGUGGGCAUGAUCCUAAUUUCUUGGUUUCAUCUUCUCAUCAUCAUCAUCAUCAUCAUCGGGGAACUCUCUCGUCUUCUGAUUCUGCUGAGGCUCUGUCUCAUCGUUUCUGGGUGAAUGGCUGUUUGUCGUACUUAGACGAAAUUCCAGAUGGGUUUUACCUAAUCCAUGGGAUGGAUCCAUAUGCAUGGACUAUAAGUACUGAUCUGCAAGACAGUGGCCAGAUCCCAUCUUUUGAAUCAUUGAAGGCUAUUGAUCCUUGUGAUGAUUUGUCAAUCAAAGUGGUUUUGAUUGAUAAAUCUAGGGAUCCUGGUUUGAAGGAACUACAGAAUAGAUUACGUAGUCUUUCUGGCGGUUGGAUCACCACAAAAGACGUGAUUGAUCAGCUGGCAACCCUUGUGUGUAAUAGAAUGGGGGGUGCAGUUUUUACUGAAGAACAUCUGGGUGCACACUGGGAGGAGUACACUGAACUUCUGAAACGCUGCCUAGGCUCUGUUGUCCUUCCAAUUGGAAGCUUAUCUGUCGGCCGCUGUGUCCAUCGUGCAUUGCUGUUUAAAACUUUAGCAGACAUAGUUAAACUACCAUGCCGAAUUGCUAAGGGCUGCAAAUAUUGUAGAAAGGAUGUAUCUGCCUCCUGCCUUGUGCAAUUUGGUUCUGAUAGGGAAUAUAUUGUUGAUUUGCUUGGGACUCCAGGAGCAUUAAGCCAGCCGGAUUCAUCGCUCAAUGGUACAGCCUCCAUCUUGGUUUCUUCACCAUUAUGUCACCCAAGAUUUAAACCAGCUGGAGCAGCAGAGAACUCUAGGACACUGGCCAAAUUGUAUUUUAACUGUCAAUUGCUUCAUUGUGCAUUUGAUGAUGCUUCUUCAGAUACAGCUUUCAAUCAAGAUCAUAAUACUGGUCCAAAGGUCUCUAAAGCCGUUUUCAGCUACUUUGAUAGAAACAAUGCCAUCUCCACUUCAAGCAAUAAUCAUGGUAAUGAAUCAGUCAGUUCAAGUCAUGAGCUUAAACUCAAUGAGGAUAAUUUGGACAUCCCAUGGAGUGAACUUGUUUUGAAGAAGAAAAUUGGAACAGGGUGCCACUGCUUUUCAGGUUCUUUUGGAGUGGUCCAUCAUGCAGAUUGGCGUGGCUCGGAUGUUGCUGUCAAAAUUCUCAUGGGGCAAGAUUUCCACACAGAGCAUUUCAAGGAAUUUUUAGGGGAGGUUGCCAUCAUGAAACGUUUGCAUCAUCCAAACAUUGUUCUCUUUAUGGGUGCUGUUACUCAGCCCCCAAACUUGUCCAUAGUAACAGAAUAUUUAUCAAGAGGUAGCUUGUAUAAUCUUUUACGAAUGCCUGCCACCAGAGUAAUAUUGGAUGAGAGGCGUCGCUUAAAUAUGGCUUAUGAUGUGGCAAAGGGGAUGAAUUAUCUUCAUCAACUUAAACCUCCUAUUGUUCAUCGAGAUCUGAAGUCUCCAAAUCUGUUGGUGGAUGCUUCAUAUACUGUAAAGGUGUGUGACUUUGGCCUUUCCCGCUUGAAGGCUAACACAUUUCUUUCAUCUAAAACAGCUGCAGGAACUCCUGAGUGGAUGGCACCAGAAGUUCUCCGUAAUGAGCCAUCAAAUGAGAAGUCCGAUGUUUACAGCUUUGGUGUUAUCUUGUGGGAACUUGUGACCCUGCAACAGCCUUGGAGAGAUUUAAAUCCGCCUCAGGUUGUCGCAGCUGUUGGUUUUAAGGGUGAAAGGCUUGAUAUUCCAAAUACUGUAAAUCAUGAAGUGGCUGCCUUGAUUGAGGCAUGCUGGGCUAGUGAGCCCCGGAAACGCCCUUCAUUCUCGUAUAUUAUGAAACUUUUGCAGCAAAUGAUAAUAAAUUGCAGGCCUCAAUGAGUUCAUGCACACACUCCAUAAUUUAUCUACAGAGGUGGAACACCGUUACUGGUGUAUGUAAAACCCAUCUGCUUAAGAAGUUGAACAAGAUUGGAGAAAGACUGGGAUGCCAAAAAUUCCAACAUUGAUAUUAGAUAUGUUUAUUAGAUGAAGAAAUUAUGAGAUUAAAAGAUAUGUUCAAAGCUAUGGUUAUUGACACAUUGGACCGUUAGGAUUUUUAAAAGCUGAAGUAUGAAAGUCACUAACAAGGGAUAAAAUUAUUUGAAUUUAAAUUGUUGAAUAAUUACUAGAAGUUUGUACUAUUUUUAUUUUAAAUAUUUAUUUUUGAAUAAUUAGUGGAACUUUGUAACUUCUUUUUUACUGUAAUUAAUUAUUUUUUGA